CGGCAAAAAUUGACAAGUUACCGGCUACCGUAUCGUAUCACGUUGUCGUUUCGAGGAAGGGACAACGCGGUUACGAUCGUUGUUUUGAAAAACUUAUAGAAGAUAAUAAUUUUCAUAUAACUAAAAUUCUUUAAUUUGCGGCUUAUGUGUUAGAAGAGUUCAUACAAUAAAAGAACUUACAGAAUAUUAGGUAUUUAGAUAAAUAUCUACUAAGUUGAAAUUAAAAUGGCUGAUUUUGAAGACGACUGGAUUGAAGAAUCGCCGGCUGAUUUUGCUCCGGCAUAUCAACCAAAUGCAGCGGGAGCGGCUCCCCCAACUCGACAAUAUCGAGGCAGAACGUUCCGAGGAAGUAACCGAAACUCGAGUAAUGAUGCAAAUUGGAGGGAACGUGGGAAUACUAGCAACAGCAACAGCAGUGGCAGUGGUGAUUAUCGUCGCAACUACGAUGGAGCAGGCGGACGGCGUGACUAUCAACGAGACUCUGGCAAUAAGAAGGUAAUUUAUGUUCCUUCUAAUAAAGUGGGGCGUAUCAUAGGCAAAGGAGGAACCAAAAUAAAAGAUCUUCAAUACGAAUCAGACGCCCGAAUCAAAGUAGGAGAUUCCAAUGGCAAUGAAACUGAUGUCACUCUUACCGGCACGGAUGACGCUAUAUCCAAAGCUCAGCAAAUGAUAGAAAAACUUGUUGAAGACUUUAAACCUCAUGAAAAGGAAGGUCAUGAUAACAAAGAAGAUAGUGGAACACGUUCGAAAGAGUUUUUUAAAUUAAACGAGAAUGGAGAUCAAGUGAUUGACUGGGAUAAGCUUAAUGCUUAUCAUAAUCAGGUGCAGCAAAGCCGUUACGAAAAAUUACCCCCUAUAAUUAAAGAUUUUUAUAAAGAAGAUCCUGCAGUAGCAGCUAUGUCAGAUGAAGAAGUAAAAAGAUGGCGAUUAGAAAAUUUUGAUAUUCAAGUUAAAAGAACGUUUGAUGACAAGCCUGGGUUGCGAAAAAUUCCCAAUCCAGUCCUUACUUUUGAACAAGCAUUUCAACAUUACCCUGAUAUCUUAACGGAGAUAUACAAGCAGGAUUUUACAACACCAUCACCAAUACAAAGUCAAGCAUGGCCCAUUCUUCUGAGCGGUGAGGAUAUGAUAGGUAUUGCACAGACUGGUACAGGUAAAACAUUGGCUUUCCUUUUGCCAGCCCUAAUUCAUAUUGAUGGUCAAACAGUGCCAAAAGAAGAGAGAGAAGGUCCUACGGUACUAAUCCUGGCUCCCACCCGAGAGUUAGCCAUACAAAUUGAUAAAGAAGUAUCAAAGUACCAGUAUAAAGGUAUUAAGUCAGUAUGUUUGUAUGGAGGAGGAGAUCGUAGAGAACAAAUAAAAGUUGUGUCCAAAGGUGUGGACAUAGUUAUAGCAACCCCUGGUAGACUUAACGAUUUAGUAUUAGCUCGUCAUUUAAAUAUUAUUAAUUUCUCAUACAUAGUGUUGGACGAAGCCGACCGCAUGUUGGACAUGGGUUUUGAACCACAGAUAAGGAAAUCAUUAUUUGAUGUUAGACCUGAUCGCCAAACAGUGAUGACCUCGGCAACAUGGCCACCAGGAGUACGGCGACUUGCCGAGUCAUACAUGAAAGAUCCCAUACAAGUGAAUGUUGGAUCUUUAGAUCUUGCUGCUGUUCACACUGUAACGCAAAAAAUUCUAUUUGUUGAGGAAGACGACAAAGAACCCGCCUUGUUUGAUUUCUUGAACAACAUGGAUCCAAAUGAUAAAGUUAUCAUAUUUUGUGGUAAAAAAGCUACAGCAGUACACAUUUCUACAGAACUAUGCAUUAAAGGCAUAGAUUGUCAAUCAUUGCAUGGGGAUAGAGAUCAAACGGACCGAGAAGCAGCUUUGAAUGAUAUGGUUGAUGGCUCUGUAAAUAUUUUAGUAGCAACAGAUGUAGCGUCGAGAGGGAUAGAUAUAAAAGACCUCACGCAUGUUAUCAACUUGGACUUCCCACGCCAUAUUGAAGAAUAUGUGCACAGAGUCGGUAGAACCGGCCGGGCCGGGAAAACUGGAAUAUCCUUGACUUUUGUAACUAGACAAGACUGGGGAAGUGCCAAGGAACUUAUUAAAAUCCUCGAAGAAGCAAAUCAAGAAGUUCCCGAUGAGUUGCAUCAAAUGGCGUCAAGGUUUGAAGCCAUGAAAUUGCGUAGAGAAAAAGAGAAAGGUGAAGGUUCUGGUCGCGGCCGUGGAGGCAGAGGCGGAGGAGGUUCCUAUGGCCGAGGCAGAAGAGACCGCUGGUAAUAAUUUUGUGCUCUCUCAUAUUCACCUUGAGACAUUUUGCUCAACAUGACACCAUAACGGUGUCAUGUUGGGUAUCAUAUUUAUUUAGAAUUUAAAUUAUAGAUUUAUUUAUUGUGUGAUUCCAAAGGAGUCAAGUUAGAAGAACAUAACUAAGGUGUACUUCUUAUUCUGUUUUUGUUUAUUUUUCAGUAGAAAUAUGUCUGCUUAUGAUCUCCAUUAAUUAUAAUUAUGUUUAUCUAUAUUUUGUAAGAGGUACAGCUGAGUCUGGCCUUUGUAUCAGUAUUAUAUCAUUAGUUUAAUCAUAAUUAUAUGUGUGGACAAGAAGCAUCCUGCCCCUGAAUUGGUUAAAAGAUAUUUUAAGUGCUACAUUUUGCUUAUACUUUGUGCUAAUAUGUGAGGAAUGUGAGCAUUCAUUGUCUUGUACAAAGUAUAAGACAAGAAAUAUUAGGUUUACCUAAUUUAAGAAACUUCAUGAAAGUAUAUGUGUCUAGAAUUAAGUUUUAAGACCCUAAGCUGUGAUAGAAAGUGAAUAUAUUUAUCUCACGGUCUAUGUAAUCGUAGUUUGUAGUACUUUGUUACUUAUUAGUGUUGACUCUAGUUAGGAGUGACAUAGGUAAUUUGAUGUUCGACGUGUAACCAGACUUACGAGUAAAUGUAAGGUAACGGUACGAAGUGUAUCGUUAGUAUCUGUGUUUUGCCAUUUCUUAUUAAAACUUUUUUGUGAUCAA